GUACGUGUCUCGUCUGGCUGCAGAGCACUAGAGCACUGCUGCCUACCCUUGCGUAUUGUGUUUACACUUCACAAUAUGGCAAGAGCUCUUGCCUACGGUGGAGCAGCUGCCGCAGCUGGGUUCGUCUCGCCGUGGCUUGCCGUGCUCGGUGUGGCCAUGCUCUCCGUCUGGACCAUCACGCUCGCCAUCCUCCUCUGUGGCGACAGCUCAGACAACCCGAGACCACCAAGAUACAAUCCUGCCGUUAGUGCGGCUAUAGCAGCUGGUGGCGGAGGGGGCUGUGGUGGCGGGGGCGGUGGUGGUGGAGGGGGCUGUGGUGGCGGAGGCGGUGGUGGAGGGGGCUGUGGAGGAGGCGGCGGCGGCGGAUGCUAGAGUUCAUCGCAUCCGUUGCACCAGCGGCAUCAGUUGUGCUGGUCUGCAGAAGCUAAGGUGCCAGAAGAUGUAUCAAUGGAUAUUUUUUUACUUGUCAAUUGUCAUGCAUGGCAUAUAUGGUAAGGAAGGACUGUCCGUAUUAUGGAUAUCCUUAUUAGUUUUUGUUUGUUGUCAUGUCUCUGCUGCUAUUAGCAUGGUGUAUAUAAUAAUAAAUUAUGUCGUCUUUGAAUUCGUA